AUAUAUAUUUUUUAACAUAUACUGCAUCAAUUCGUUAAUUAACGGGGGGGCUUGGAGAAAGAGCAGUAGACACUGUAGUAUAUUAAUUAGGAUUAAUGGCUGCCAUGGAUGGUUCCAAAAUCAAUCAAGCAACACUGGUUUUGUUGGUACUAGCACUUGUGGUUGGAACUUAUGGCCAAACAUGUCCCAACCAGCUAGCAAAUCUGAAUGUGUGUGCACCCUUUGUGGUUCCUGGCUCGACAGACUUGAUGCCGAACUCAGACUGCUGUGGAGCUCUUCAAUCCAUCGAUCGUGACUGCCUUUGCAGCACUAUCCAAGUCGCAACCCGUCUCCCUACCCAGUGCAACCUCCCUGUUACUUGCGGAAACUAAAUUAAAGUGAUCAAGGAGGAGGCAGGUGUUGAACAAGUUCACUCUUUCUUUUAAUGAGGUUUUAUGGUGUUUUAGAAUUAAGUUGUCGAGGAAAGUGUAUAAUGGCUGCAAGGUCAGCUUAUCAACUUUAAAUAAAAAAUACUUCAUGUUUUACCAUGUUUUUGUUUAGUC